UCCCAGAUUCAGAGAAACCCGAACUGACGGAUCUGGGACUGGGGCGAUCCCUAGUCGUCCAUUUGGCCCCAGCCCAGUCAUGACGUCUCCUCUGUGCAGGGCGGCCUCCGCCAACGCUGUACCUUCUCAGGACCAGCUUUCGACCUCUUCCAAAGCCAGGGGCAGUCAAACUCAGGCCAAACACCACCUCUCUUUGGCCAAGAAUGCGGCACAGGCCUGGUCCCCGCUCUAUUCCAAGAAGAGACCCGCCCAUGCCAACGUGGGGAAGUCCUCUGUGCACACGCAGGUGGCUGAAUUACAAAGGAAGAUACAACUAUUAGAGGGUGACCGGAAGACCUUUUAUGAGAGUACCCAGUGGAACAUCAAGAAGAAUCAGGAAACCAUCAACCAGCUACAGGAGGAGACCAGGGUGCUGCAGCUUCAGCUGACGGACCUGCUCCAGGGAGAUGAGAAAGUGGUCCAGGCAUUGAUUUGGGAAUGGAAGUCAGAGAAGCCAUACCUGAAGAACCGGACAGGCCAGCAGGCCCUGGAGCACCUGGACCACCAGCUGAGUGAGAAAGUGAAGCAGCUAAAUGCUCUGCGGCACCAGGUGGUGUUGCGGCAGAAGUGGCUGGAGGAGCUCCGGCUACAGCACAGUCUGCGUGAGCUGGAGAUGACAGAGGCGCAAGAUGGCAACACCGAGGUGGCUAAGACCUUGCGGAACCUGGAGAACCGUCUGGAGAAGGCCCGGAUGAAGGCAGAGGAGGCAGAACACAUCACCAGUGUGUACCUGCAACUCAAGGCCUACCUACAGGAAGAGAGCCUUCAUUUAGCGAACCGUCUGGACUCCAUGGAGGCUGAGGUGGUGAAGACCAAACAUGAGCUGGAGGAACUGCAUGUGGUGAACCAGGAGGCACUCAAUGCCCGAGACAUUGCCAAGAAUCAGUUGCAAUAUCUGGAGGAGACCGUGUUCCAAGAGCGCAAGAAGCGUGAGCACUACGUAAGUGAGUGCAAGAAACAGGCAGAGGAAAGGAAACUGCAGAAUGAACGCAUGGAGCGCAAGACCCAGCGAGAACACUUACUGCUGCAGUCUGAGGAUAUUAUCCAGGACAGCCAGCGGGCCAAGGAGCAGGAGCUGCAGCUGCGCUGGAACAUGUACCAGAUGGAGGUGCUCUUCGGCAAGGUCAAGGAUGCCACGGGGGUGGCCGAAACACACGCGGUGGUGCGGCGGUUCCUGGCGCAGGGCGACACCUUCACACAGCUGGAAACGCUCAAGAGCGAGAACAAGCAGAUGCUGCUGAGGCUGAAGGAAGAGAAGCAGCAAUUGCAGCAGGAGCUCGAAGACCUCAAGUAUUCGGGGGAGGCCAGGCUGGUGAGUGAACAGAAGCUGCAGGCGGAGUUGCAGGGCAACCUCAAGGCAGAGGAGCAGCGGAGGGCUAAGGCCCAGGGCCAGCUGGAGCAGGCCGCGUGGGCGAUGCAAAUGCUGAAGGAGGGCCUGGAGCACCUGGUGGGCAAGCUGGAGCACAUCAGAGUGGGUAGCCAGCUCCCUGAGGAAGCCCCACUGAGAACCACGCAGGACUUGAGAGGCAACGCGGCCCCUCAGGAGGCCGGUCGCCCCACUAGGAAAGAGCUGGAUCCCAAGGCAGGUGACUAUCUGCCAAAUCUGCUGGGCCUGUUGGAGGAAAAGCUGCUGAAGCUGCAGGCGCAACUCGAGGGCCUCGAUGUGCCAGAGAUGCUGCGCCACAUCGCGGAUCGAGAGUUCUACUCCAGCCUAGAGGGAAAACUGCCCACGUACAACACCCGCAUCACCCUGCCCCUUGCCAGUCCCAAGGACAAGUUCUUCGAUGAAGAGGAGACCGAGGACGAAGACAACUUGGUGACUCGGGAGGAGCUCAAGAUCCGUUCCCAGAAAUUAGUCGAAUCUCGCAGCAAGAGGCGCAGUCGCACUCGGAGGCUCUAGACUCUCCCUUAUGCCCUCCUGGUCUGGGCACCAGUGGAGCUCCCAACCCCUCUGGGCACAGCCAUUUGCCCUCAGGGCCCCUUCGAGGGCUGAG